AUGGAUAAGUAUCCAUAUUUGGAUUCUGAAAUAAAUUCUGAUUUUAUAUUGGAGUUUUCUUAUUUUUUAAAAGAAGUGGAUGAGGGUGAUUACACAGAUCAAUUUUCCACUGAUCAAAUAUUCCCAACACGCGCCGAUUUAAUUGAAUGGGUUCGAAAGAUUGCAUUUGAUCUUGGAUUUGUUGUUGUCAUUAUAAGAUCUGACACAGCAACUGGUGAAGCUGGUAGAAAGACAUUUAUUUUGUUAGGCUGUGAAAGAAGCGGGAAGUAUAGGAAGUAUAAGCCAGAUGUUCAACCUAGUGUCUCUGGUACGAGAAAAUAUGAGUGUCCGUUUAGGUUGAGGGGUAAACCUAAAGGAGAUGGUUGGGUGUUAAAGGUUAUGUGCGGCUAUCACAACCAUGAAUUAGCAGAGACUUUGGUAGGUCAUCCUUUCGCGGGUAGGUUAAAUGCUGCUGAACAAUCAAUUCUUGUGGACAUGACUAAUAGUCAAGUAAAGCCGUCAAAUAUUCUUUUGACUUUGAAAGAACAUAAUGAAGAUAACGUGAUCACGAUAAAGGAAAUAUAUAAUGUGAGGUACACGUACAAACGAUCUUUGAGAGGGUCUAGAACUGAAAUGCAGCAGUUGAUGAUGUUGUUAGAUAGAGACAAAUACAUCCAGAGAAGUAGAUGUUUGGACGAUUCUAACGUGGUCAUAUUUAUUAUAUCAGAUGGGAUAAGUAUCCUAUUGGAUCUGAAAUAA